GCUCCGAGCUCUCGGUUCCCGCGUCGCAGUCGCCGCCGCCCUCCGCGCGUCCCCGCCGCGCUCUGUCCCUGCAGCCGGCCCGGGGCGCGCUCGGCCGCUCGGGGCAGAGUCCCCGGCGAUGGCCACUAAGAUUGAUAAGGAGGCGUGCCGCGAGGCGUACAACCGGGUGCGCGACGACGGUUCGGCGGUCAUCUGGGUGACUUUCAGAUACGAGGGCGCCACCAUCGUCCCCGGCGAGCAGGGCUCGGAGUACCAGCACUUCAUCCAGCAAUGCACAGACGACGUCCGGCUGUUCGCCUUCGUGCGCUUCACCACGGGGGAUGCCAUGAGCAAGAGGUCCAAGUUCGCCCUCAUCACGUGGAUCGGCGAAAAUGUCAGCGGGCUGCAGCGUGCCAAGACUGGCACGGACAAGAGCCUGGUGAAGGAGGUGGUGCAGAAUUUCGCUAAAGAGUUCGUGAUCAGUGAUCGGAAGGAGCUGGAGGAAGAUUUCAUCAAGAGUGAGCUGAAGAAGGCGGGGGGCGCCAAUUACGACGCCCAGACAGAGUAGCCCCUGCCGCCCUGCAGCCGCCCACCAGGAGGGGCCGCUGGCCUUGACACCCAUGGCCCACCAGCCCACCAGGGAGAGGACAGGCAGUGGAGGCCACGCCUGCCGCUGGGUCUGCAGCCCCGAGCCCCUCCGCGUCCCCCCUGGCCCCACUGUGUCCUAUCUCUCAAUGCUCAAGGGGUGUCUUUCUUUAUCUCCCCCCCCCCAUUUCUUUCCCUAGAGGAAAUCAUGUUGUUGUUGAGGUCCUGCACAUGGUCAAUCCCAGGUGCCUCCCAGGGUGGCCCCGGUCCCCGGUCUUCUUCCUGUGUUCCUCGUAGCUCGCCUGGUCUGAGCACCGAGGCCUCCAGUUGCUUCUGGCCCCUGUCCUGUGCUAUCUUAGUUUUCUUGGGCCUCUUGCUUCCUGCCAGGCUGCUGCUGCACGGGAGGCUGCUGUAGCCUUCCCGAGCAUUCACCCUGACCACCAGUGGGUGCAGGCCUCCUGGAAACGCUUCUGGGCCCUCAUCGCACCCUGCCCAAAGCUGCAUGGAGACGGUGUUGCUCGCUGGUGAGAAGUCUAGGUCUGGCUCGGACCAACUAAGAAGCGAUAACAUUUGCCUUAAAACGUGCCUGGCAGUAGCUUUGCCGUGGGGUCUGGAACCCCCAUCCCCACCCUUGGGGCUGACAGCUCCCGGGAGUGAGGAGACAGCUGAGGCUGGGGUGACGGGGGAGCAUCUCCAGGCUGACCUCAGGGGCUCCCAGAGGGACGGGAUGAAAGCAGGCACUGCGGGGCAUGGGCCUCCCGGCUCCUGGCCUCCCGCCUGCCCGCCCCAAGAUGGGCUUUGCUGGGCCUGAAGAAAGACGAGACUGGCUUGGUUCCCCGUGAGCACACUCGCUAGGGCUCUUUUCCUUUGUACCUUGCUCCUUUCAUUUGGAAGAAAACUGUACUGUAUGGGGUGUGAAGAUCAGCUUGGCACCAAACAGUUUACAGAAAUAAAUGUGUUGUGGUU